ACCCCCGCAUCACAGGUGACCAUUUCACCAACAUACUGCAUGAAUAACAUCACAUUUAAGCGUUCAAAGUAAGUUAGCACAAACUUAGAUUUAGAUCGGCCUCAAACAAGUGGCGGUUGCAAGCUAGUUGGAGCCAAAAGUGCCAGUUUCCUUCACCGGCUCGCUCCAGUCAGAGCGUGGUGUUGCGUUUUCCUCCGAUCCGCUGCCCCAAUUCUCCAACGUGUGAUAGGUGAUUUUCUUACGCUCGCCGAGCUAUUAAAGGUUAAAUUACGUCGUGGGCGUAACGGCUUCUUGUAAUGGCGACCGUGCCGUAGAUGUGCCUAGGUUUGUGAAAAUGAAGCGAAGAAGAAGUUAUUUCUUUUAAGUAAAAACGCCGAGGUUUCCCCGGAGGAGGACUUUGCGUCUACAACCAUCAUCUUUAUAAGUGGUAAACUUAGCUUGUACUUUUGAACUUUUGUGCCCCCCGAAAUGAUGAAGCUCAAGUCAAACCAAACCCGGACGUACGACGGGGAUGGCUACAAGAAGCGGGCCGCCUGUCUGUGCUUCAGGAGCGAGGCUGAGGAGGAGGUGCUGCUGGUGAGCAGCAGUCGACAUCCUGACAAGUGGAUAGUACCUGGAGGGGGAAUGGAGCCUGAGGAGGAGCCCAAUGUUGCUGCAGCUCGAGAAGUGUGUGAAGAGGCCGGUGUGAAGGGGACUUUAGGUCGUUUAGUUGGAGUAUUUGAGAACCAAGAGAGGAAACACAGAACCUACGUCUAUGUUCUUAUUGUAACGGAGGUGCUGGAGGACUGGGAGGACUCGGUCAACAUUGGGAGAAAAAGGGAAUGGUUUAAAAUAGACGAUGCCAUACAAGUGUUGCAGUGUCACAAGCCUGUGCAGGCCACCUACUUCGAGGCUCUCCAGGAGAGUUGCCUGACCAGUAACGGAACACCUUUGGUGGCCACGAUAGGUGGGGACCUCUCCCCUACCUACAGCAUCAAUCAGAGCUCCGUCUCGGGUAUCAGAUAACUAAAACCACAACUCUGACACCCCCAGGAGCUUUCGCCACCACUCGCGCUCUUACUUGUGUCAUUUCUCUUCUCUUCUCUCUUCUCUUCUAUUCUCUUCUCUUCUCUCCUCUCUUCUUUUUUUGUCUCAAUAACAUGGUUUGCCUUGCCAACUCCUUUGUGCCAGAACUAUGGCACAGACUUGAUGACAAGUGUUGGGUGAAUAGUCUGAAACACUUUGUAAAUGUAAAUGUAAUUUUUGACCCCUCUUUUUUUCUUUUUACUGACAAUUGCAUGAAAUGUCCCCUCGCUCCCCUCAUUCUCUUUCCUUAGCGUGGUGUUUAUUGAAUGCAAGAACUACUUUUUACUGUUGUAAUGUAAAAGUGUAUACUUAGUGCUUAAGCUGAAGGCUUUUGGUGGUCUUUUUAACGUCUCCUCCAUUUCUCAGUUAAUUUUUUCUGUGAAUGAAUGUGCCCAUUAGUGUACUCCCUCCCCUGUUAUAAGGAUAGGAAAUGUCGUCUGUAUCUGAAUGAACAGAAUUGUGGGAAGUGACUUGUCUUGCAUGAGCACUGUUAUGUUGUGUCUCACUCGCCCGGAGUGACCCGAUGCUGACUGUGCAACAGACUUGUGGUAGGGUCUUUUGGAUUCUCUUCAUUUUUUUUGCUCCUUAUCGUGGUUCUUGAUGUCUCUUUAAUCAGAAGGAUACGGCCCCUCGGUAGUCUUUCAAUUACAAGUGUCAAGUGUGUUUCUCUCUCAUUUGGGAAGCUAGCCAAGCACUACAGUUUCACUCUCGAACAGAGCAUAUUUACUGUAUAAAGAGUGAAAGAAUGUCAACAUACAAUGUAAAAAUGAACCACCUUUCUCCUCAGUGUCUUUACCUCCUUUUAAUCCCUUUUUUUUUGUUUCUCUCUUUUUUUUUUUUAAAUGCUUUCUUGUGACUGACUUAAAAGUCUUCCUCCACAUACUGAGAGGGUUAGAAGUAGUAAAUUUCAAAAUCAUGGACUUGUAAUUUCAAAAUGCAGCACAUAUCACUUAAGUUAUUAAAACCCAUUUCCAUAUUUUACUCCUCACAUUCAGUUUGGUUAAAAGCAAUUGUUUACAUUGUGUUUGUAACAUAGCACAGGUGACUUUAGUGGGCACUUUUCAUUAUGGUCAUGAUUUUUUUUUUUUUUUUUUUUUUUAAACCCUUUCUUCUGUAGUAUUUAAUCUGCAUCCCCAAAAACACUCAAAACACCUGCUUGACAUUGAAAGUAAUGGAAUCUAUAAUGCUGUCUUUGGCAAGAUGCAGAACAAACAAGCCUUGUACAGUUUGAGACCUCGUUUUUAACAUGUAAAAUGCUUUUGGAUACUAGUUUUUUUUUUUUGUUUGUUUGUUUGUUUUUGUUUUGUUUUUUUUCUCUCUAACGUCUGGCAAAAGUCUCUUUAGCCGAGCUGCGUCACUCGCCUCGAUGUCGGCGUGAGGCAGCUGGCUCAAUACUGUGAAACUGGAGGCGCUGUAGAUAGCAUGUAAGAGGUUUUUAUUGUAAAUUGUUUAUUUCUGUAUAGAUCAAAGGUGAGAGUACAAAUGACAAAACCCUUCUUACACAUCUGUGAGUGCUACAUGUCAUUUCAACUGAGGCUGGAAGAUUUGUUUGAACUUGUGGCAUUGGCUUCGGAGCUGUUGGGAAUUUUCUCUCGAGAUAGCGUACAGUACAUCUGAGGCUGAAGAACUGGGAUCGCGGCUGUGUUUGCGGGUGAGAGAGGAGCCUGUUUGUUGUAGAUUCUUCUCAAAAUCCUUCUUUUUUUUUAGACCAAAACAAUUUUGUAACAGUAAGGGAUUACUGUUUUUUUUUUUUUCUUCCUCCUCUUUGGCCAACCUAUUAAAAAUGAAGAACAACUGCAGUGUCCAAACCACUACUCUGGUUUAGAAAUAAGCAGGCCUGAAGUCCUUUUCAAGCUAUCCACUGUUCCACUAGUUAGUUACUAGUUAAUUACUACUUUCUCAAAAGCUAAAGCAUAAUACUGUGGGUUUUUGUCCAUAUUUAAACCUCUUGUAAUUGAUUUUUUUUGUUUGUUUUUUUUCUUAUUUGUUUUGAUUUGGCCACUUAAGGGCAUCAGAAAUUGGAAAACUGUUGCAUAUUUUCAAAUCUGGCAGAUACGGAGCAACAUUAGCACCAAUAUGGAAUCCAGUUUCUAUCCACCUGUUGAAUUUAAGUCCAUUAUUCUCUCUGUUUUGCUCUCCACCAACUCCUGAAGGAAAAACACCUGGCUCUACUACGUUCACCAGCUAGUUGCCAACUUUGUCUUGCUGUUUGUUGCUGGAACAGGUAACAUACAGUCAGUUUAUCUGAGCCUUUUCUCUUAAAACAGCUGCCUGCCAUGAAGAGUGAACCGAAACAGUAAAAUCGAGGGUCGGAAAAUCAAAACAAUGAGCUGAAGGAUGUUAAAUAUCUCUGUGGAGCUGCAGAGUAGUCAUGUGAUCCAUUGUUAAUAUAAGAAAAUACUGAUUAUAGCAACAUCAAACUUAAAAAAAAAGAAAACAUUGAGCAUCUUGUCACUGUACAGAGAUCAAUCAUAACCUUGUCAGCACUUGUAACUCAGACGAGUUUGAUCGUGCGUCUGUGGUGAAGACUCAUGAGAGCUGUAGUUGUUGAAUAAUUGUAUAAUCUUGGUUAAGAUGAAGAGGUGCAGUCCAGUACAGUAGUAGAUGUCUUUUUUUUUAACUUUGAAUAUGGACAGAAAACUCCAGUAUCUUGAUUCAGCUGUCCUGAAAUAUGAGAAAAUCUUCAUGUGAAGAUACUGUAUAUUAAGCUAGUGGAGGGAAAAAGCUAACCUAGAAAAGGGGCUGGAAGGAUCUCUACAGUAGUGGUGACUGUCUUUCUUCAUGGUUUUCUCUCUUGCUAGUCAUUGAGCUUUGUACAGACUCUACACAUAUUGGCCUGUGAUAUGACUGAAAUUGACAGAUUUGUUUUGAAUAACAGUAAAAGAGAAAGGAGUCUAAAUCCUCCUUCACAACAGAUUGAGACUUUGAACUGAUUUUAUCGCUGUGUACCACAAAGGUGUGGUGGCCAAAGUCUUAGUUUAUGAUGCCCUUCCUGGCACUUCAUAUGACAUGUCGAUUACACCUUUCAGUCUUCAUCGAGAUGUGCAAUUAGAUGUCGAGGGGGAAGAACCUGUAUAUGGCGAAAACAAAACCUAACCCUGAGUAAUUGGCAAUGAUUCAGUUAGCUCUUAGCAGUUUGAUGUGGGGGGACAGGUACUGUCAAAGUGAAUGUGAGGAGGAUUUCCACAAGUAUCAGCCAGUGAAUUAUUAAUAACCACUUGUUCUUUAUCCAUAUUUUCUGUUUGUUCUUUAAUCUGUUGUGUCAUUGACAAGCUAAUGUCUUGUAUAUAGCUAACACAGCACCCUUACAGCCAGAGGAUGCACUUUGGCUUUGGUCAAUAAGGAUUUGUGUCGACCUUUUUUCAAUUAAAUGCUCCCUUCUAAGUCAAAUUUUCAGGCAGUUCCCUGUCAUAAGGCAAAUCAGGCUGGAGUUCAGGAGGGAAUUUAUGAAGUAAAUGUCUCCACAUAAUUAGUUAUGUGGAGUUAAGGUGUAAGCUAACACAUCUACCCUUUGAUCCUGGACAUAUCUGCUAUCAGGAUUGGCUCUUUUAUGUGACAUUGUGAAUUAUUGAAUUAUUGGGGCUCCAGAUAAAAGUCACUUCCUUAUUUUACCAAAGGUCAUGGUGUAAAUAUGUGUUGCCAUGUCAAUUAAGUGGCCCCACCUUGUGGCCAAAGCAAAAAUAUUAAAAGCACAUCACUUAGCAGCUGAGGAUUGUUAAGUUUCCUUUAGCAUCAACGGUCAGACCAGUUUCUUAAUUGAACGACCUGAAUAUUUAUAAAUUGAUUUAAAACACAGUUAAAAAAGCUACUCCCCCCUCCCCCACACAAAAUACAUGCAAUUGAAUAACAAACUCAACACACGUGCACUUGCUGUUGACCUCAGCCUUGAAGUUACAUACUUGUAACGGUGUUCUCCAAGGUAAAUGUGUCACUGGAACUUUCUUUUCCUCUUUUGUCAUUUGGGACUGUGGAAUAAAACCAGUGUGAGAAGACUGAAGAUUGUAAUAUAAAUGUGCCAACAAAUAAACACCAGUAUUUCACAUUCA